UUGACAUGUUUUUUUACUUUUGUAGUUAUUUGAAGAUAAAGACAAUGUUGAGGAAACAGAAAAUAUCAGGGCUGUGAAGUAUGUAUGUCUUAUAGAACUGAAGGUGCUAGAUUUAAAAACUGAUGGGAUUGGAGUAUGGCAGGAAACAUUUACUAAAGCAGAUCCAAUGAGUAGAAUCCAAGCUACAUGCAGAUGUAAGAAACUAUGUCACCAGCGUGCAAUAGAAAAUGCCUUCUCUAAAGUACUCCUAAUUGUACUGGGUAAUGGUAAAACUAUGGUGGAAAUAGACACAACUAAACCAGAGUUCAAGUGCGACAAUAUACCUGAUGAUCAAUUAAUUAAGGUAAACGAGCUAGAUGACAAGCCAGAUUCCGAGGCAAUUGAUGAAGAUAUCACAGGUGAUAUCAACUUGUCAAGUAAGAUAUCAGCUGGGGAAAUAGACGAUAUCAAUUUACAAAUUCUUCAAGAGCUAGAAGAUGACAUGUGACAAGUGACUUAGGUUAAUAUAUAUGUGUACAAGAAAAUUGUGAUGUACAUGACUGAGUGAGACAGAAAUUAUAUAAAUAGACAUUACAUUUCAAGACAGAUGGAGGAUAUUAAUGCUUAUAAAUAGCUAAAGAUCCUGUAACUUAAAUUUUUUUAUAUCCUUUUUAGCUCGACUAUUCGAUAAGAAAAAGUAGAGCUAUUGUAGUCACCCGAGCGUCGGCGUCAGCGUAACCACUUAUGUUAAAGUUUUUGUAAUAGUUUAAAUAUUUUCAAAGUCCAUUGACAUAUGGCUUUGAAACUUUGCACAUUUGUUCACCAUCAUGACACCAACAUGCAGACAAGAGGAGGUAACUCUAUCAAGCAUUUUGACAGAAUUAUGCCCCUUUUUCGACUUAGAAUUUACGUUAAAGUUUUUGUAAUAGUUUAAAUAUUUUCAAAGUCCAUUCACAUAAUUAUGGUUUUGAAAAUUUGCACACUUGUUCACCAUCAUGACACCAACAUGUAGACAGGAGGAGGUAACUCUAUCAAGCAUUUUGACAGAAUUAUGCUUAGAAUUUACGUUAAAGUUUUUGUAAUAGUUUAAAUAUUUUCAAAGUCCAUUGACAUAGGGCUUUGAAACUUUUCACACUUGUUCACCAUCAUGACCCCAACAUCUAGACAGGAGGAGAUAAUUGUAUCAAGCAUUUUGACAGAAUUAUGCCCCUUUUUCGACUUAGAAUUUACGUUAAAGUUUUUGUAAUACCUCAAAUAUUUUCAAAGUCCAUUGACAUAUGGCUUUGAAACUUUCACACUUAUUCACCAUCAUGACCCCAACCUGUAGACAGGAGGAGGUAACUCUAUCAAGCAUUUUGACAGAAUUAUGCCCCUUUUUUGACUUAGAAUUUACAUUAAAGUUUUUGCAAUACCUCAAAUAUUUUCAAAAUUGAUUGACAUAAGGCUUUGAAACAUGUUGAAAUUUUAUACUCUUCUUUUAGAGCAUAAUAGGACUCUCUCCAAGGCCUUUAACUGUAAUAUGGAUUUAAAGAAAAAAUUUGCCUUUUUCUUUACUUAGAAAAUUUUACCUUUUAAUCAAGGCUUUUUUUACUAUCAAGCACUAAGAAUAGUCGAGCGUUGCUGUCCUACCGACAGCUCUUGUUUCACCUAUUAUUGCAAAUUUUACAGGACCAUCUAGCAUUUAUAAUAGAGCUAAAAAAUGUUAUCUUAACAGCCUGUAGGUGAUGAGUUUACAUGGUUAAAACAAUGUCAUUUACAAGCUUUAAAGUGAAUUGGUCUAUAAGUAAGGGUCUGUAAUAUAACAAUAACGCUUAUACUAUUUAGUAUGAGACAUAACAACAAAGCACAAAAUUGUAGAUAUUAUUUGCAGGUGCGAGAUACAUAACAUAUACUUACAUUACAUUAUAUUUUUUUUUUUUAAUUAUUUACAUGUCAAUGAAAAUACUAAAGUUAUCAUGGUUUGUUUACUUGUAUUGUAUUAUUUUUUCUUAAAUAAACGGGCCUUAAACGUGGUUCCAAAAAAAACAAAAAAACAAAAAACAUAUUUACACAGCACAUAAUAAUUUGUUAUUGAACAAUAUAAACAUAUUAUUAUUCAUCAUAUUAUAUAUAUGUUCAAUCUAAAUUUUCAAGCAGUAUUUUAUAAGAAUAUUCAAAUGAUGCAUUUCUCAUGGAAAAUGUGCCCAUUGUAGAUCAAUCCACUUUAAGAAUGAGUGGCAAGCUUCAAAAAAUAUCAUUUAGGCUGUAAAGUCAUACUCUACUUGAAAAAGUGGUACUGAAAAAAAUAAAUAUAAUUAUGCAAAAAAAAUGUGCGUUUUUGAAAUUUCUGUUUCAAACUAUUGUAAAUACUAGUUUAAUAAUUAUGCAGGAACAAGAAACAAUGCCUGCCAUGUUGGGGACACUGUUCUAGUGGAAACUCAGCAGCGCAUUAUUAUUCUUGUACUAGAUAUUACUUCCUGUAGAAGCAGACGGCGGAAUAUAUACCCCAUGUAUAUGAGUUUAGAAUAACAUGGUAGAUGGCACACAACGCCACAGAAGGCAUUUUUUCCUUUGUUUUGUUCAAAUAAUUAUACAUGAAUUUAAUGCCUUUGAAGAAAGGUGAAAGCUACGGCUGAC